CUCCCGCAAGAUGGCGCAUGUGACGUCAUAGGCGCGCGCUGUUCAAGAUUGUUUACAACGGAUCCCAUUAAGCGUUUAUUGAGAUUCCAGGAAAGCUGUGAUCUGAAAACUGGGUUAAUUCACUUCCACAAGAGAAAGAAAUGUGACGGGCAAAAUCUUUGCUUUAAAGUGUCUGGUACAGUGUAAAAAAACUGAGAGUUAUCAUAAAUUAUGCGUGUAGACAGGCUUAUUAAAACCAACAAACAAAGUAUGGUGCUGGCAUGAAAAAAAACAAACAUGCCAUCAUGGAGAAGCAAGAAACACUUGAUGAUGUCUCUGAACAUUGUUAUCCUAAUUCUAUAAACAUGUAUUCAAAGAUUUCAGUAAGUGAAAUGAUAAGAAAAUGGGAAAGUGACACAUUAAUGGAGUAUGAUUCUGUAACAGAUACAGAUAGUUCUAGUAGUAGCAUUGAUGGUGAAGUACCUGAUGAAUUCAACAGUUCUCUGAAAACUUUGAUAAACUUGUCAGGGUGUUGUAUUGACGAUGAUACUGACAAUGAGGCAGGUGUCACAGAUGAACCUGCAAUCUUGGAAAGGUCUGUUGGUGCUAGUGAGCGCAAAACUUUGCAGAAACCAAAUCUGAAGAAGGUAGCAUGUCCAUUGGCAAGUAUGGAGUCGUUAACUGACCCUGUAAUAAAUCAUAAAGGUGGCUUUGAUAUUUCUGUUUGUAAAACAGACAAAACUGUUGAAGUAGUAAAUGAACUAGACAAAACUAAACCUGAUGCUCUAAUGGAGGAAAUUGAAACUCAAAAUUGUAGCAGACACCUGAUUUCUGGGCAGCAGUUGAUCACUGUGCAAAUGAAGACUGAGUUAACUGACAUCAGAGAGUGUUUUGAAGAUUCUCAAGAUAGUGCAAUAAAAAACAAUUGUGAAAUACUAAUUGAAAAUGUAACAAAUAUUGAAAUAGAAAACCCUGUAAUUGAAAGAACUCUUUGUAUAGGCACAUCAUCACCAUCUGAAAGUGCAUCAGGUAAUGAAGAAACCAAACCUGAUCAUGUUGAUGAUGAACUCCAUCAAGUGAUGGAAACUGCAUUAAAUGCCUCUGUACCAAUAGUAAGCAGAAUUGUUAAAGACUAUCUGGCCAGUUGUGAAAUACUGGACAAGGUAGAGACUGAACUCAUGCUUGAAAAUGAUAUGGACACAGGUUCUGGUGAAAUAAUGAGUGACAAGAUUGUUGAUUCUGAGGUUUAUGCAUUUGCUGAACAUAAAAACAAUGACAUGACAGGGCAGUUUGGUAGCUCUUUUUCAGACUGCAUGGACAGAGAUAGGUAUUCAGUGUAUGGAAAAGAGAGAUCCAAAAGUCCAGUCACUACUAUGUGCACUGAAAAAUGUUCCAAAGCUGAAUUCAGGGAUGAUUUUCAAGAAGUAGAAAACAGCAAUGAAGUGGACAAAAAUGUGAACGAUGUUUUGCAUGCUAACCACAUACAUUCUGAACCAUUAUGUUCAUCAACACCAGUCCAUGCAGGAAGAAUAAAGCGGGUAUUUGCUGGCAAGGACUUUGAGUGUUCUUCUGUAUUUAUAAAUCAGACGUCAAUAACUAUGUGCACUAUCAAUGGGAACCCUCUUCCACUGUGCACUUCUACACCUUUAGUAAAAUCUAAUCAGGGUUUACAGCAAAGAGACAUAAACAUUCAUCAGAAUUGGGCUUGUGACAAAAAGAAGUCUGGUUGGAAGACAGAAAUGGCAAGAAAUGAAAAUAUAUACACCCAUAGCGAGGAACUUCGAGAAUUGAAAGACAAAGAAAAUGUUGGACUAGAAAGAAACAACAAGGAGAGGAAGUCAAAACGAGAAAGAAAUAAAAUCAAGGGGACAAGGAAAGAGAAAUUUAAAGAAUACAUGGGGCCAGGUUUGACUACGCAGUUUAAUACUCAGACAGAGAAUAAUGGAGACUUAACAACAUGCAUGUUAACAGAAUACAAGGGCUUUGGUCUUACAGGACCUUUACCAGUAGAUGAGUGUGUUUUUGGCAAAAAUCUUUACAAAGGACUGACUGAAAGAAACAUUAAUAGUAUGAAUGGUGAAAUAGCUGCUGAGAAUAAGAAAGAGACACUGCUAAAAACAAUGUCAAAUGUCGAUUUGAUGACACCAGCUGGUUUGGAAGGUUUUGCCAUGCCAAAGAUCGACACAAAUGCCAUAAGAGCAAAAUUCAAUGCAUUUCUUGGACCAAAACGUAUCAGAGCUGUGCAGAAACCUAGAGACAAUAACCCUGAUCCAUUGAAACAACAAAUACAUGCAUUGAAUAAACCUAAUUCUCGGGCAAUUAACACAGCUGGAAAGAAGGUCGUAUUCAAUCGUUACUUCUCUGGACCAGUCUUGAACUCCAAUCCGAAUCUCCACGUCGCACCAGUUCAAGGUAUACUUCGGACGACAAAGUCACAUGGGGCUUUAAUGGGUCAGUCAGAGAGAAAGGAGCAGCACAUCGUUUGGCGAGACCUGAAGGAUCUUGCUGGCAAUGGCCCCUCUCUGCCCCCAGACGAGGUCUACCCUGGCAAUGGCAUGAUUCAGAUGGUGAGACGCGACAGGUCUGAGAACAGCUCUGUUGACAAAGCCGAGAAAGACAGCAAGAGGGUUGACCCUGCUGUACUGCAGUCGAAUGGUCAGCUAAAAGUGUCAGCAUACAUGAACUUUGGUCUUCUGACAGUCCAUGUGAUUCAAGGGAGGCAACUCUCCACAAAAUGGAAGCCAACUUGCGACUCUUUUGUCAAGUUGAGCAUCAUACCUGAUGAUGGAAAGAAACCAAAAUGCAAGACUGAAAUAAUGUACGGCUCAAACAACCCAGUGUAUGACCAGAAAUUCUCUCUUGAAUUGUCAGAGGAAGACCACAACAAGAGGUUGUUCAUCUCAGUUUGGCAUUGUGACCAGUCUGCAAGCCUGAAUGAGUUCCUGGGCUGUAUGUCGUUCGGUAUCCGUCAUCUGACCAACCCCAAGAAGGAGGUGAACAGCUGGUACUAUCUGCUCACGGAGGACAUUGGCCGCAAGAAGCACCUCCAGGUGUCUGCCCACAGACACCCACACCUAAAGACUAAAAACAGUGCCAAUGUUCCAACAGUGAACAAGGAUGUCUGGGGCACAGAGUCCCUGGAUCUCACCCUGCAGCGAGGCAAGAACGGCUUCGGGUUUACAGUAGUGGAAGGGUGUCCAGCGCGGGUCGGGCGUGUAGACAGGGCGUCCCCCGCUGAGACUGCCCGGCUCCAGCCAGGUGACCUCAUCAUCCGCCUCAACAAGCAAAAUGUGUCACGAUCCACAGCCACUAGCGUUGCCAAGCUUAUCAAACACAGCAGCAAUACCCUUCUCCUCGAGGUACAGAGACCCAAGCCUGUGACCUGUGAACAGCUGGAGUCAUCACCAUGGGUGCACCAAAGUGACAUUGACUUUGGCUACGACCUGGACGACCUUGAGCCACAGGCCAGCAGCUCGGGCGAUGACCACACGGUGCCCCAGAUGUUCACCAUACAGGAAGACCGGACGGAGAACAAGGAGAACAUGAUUGGUCUUUCUGAUCAGACCAUGUACACGAACAUGAGCCCUGAGUUUUCCUCCCUAGCCACCAGCACACCUCUCCCCUUGCUUGCCCGGGGUCAUAGGACGGUACAGACCAGUGAGUCCCGCAAACAGGAAGCCAUUCACCGCCUGCUCAGUCUGGAGCUUGACUUUAUAGACCUGAUGCAUUCUGGGAUGCAGCGCUACUCACGCCCACUGCGACACUGCAUCCUCAGCCACUCUCAACAUGCAACACUCUUUCAGAACAUUGAGAAGUUGACGAUGGUAUCAGAGUACCACGUGAAGCAGAUGCAUGACAACGCCCCACAGUCUUUUACCACGUCAUCCGACGACACGGACGCCUCAAGCUCCACAGAAAACAGCAGCUUCCUGCAGUCCAUUGGCCUCAUCUACCAGUCCAAGGUGCACAUGCUGUGUCAGGCGUACGACCUCUACGCCAAGGGCAUCUCUGCAGCCAAUCAGCUCCUGUCUGACCUCCGCAGGAGCGAGGACUUUGUGCGGUUUAUCAGUGUCGCGGCUGUCCCGGAUGGUCAGCCAAGCAUCAGCGCGUUUGUGUACCGUCCGGUACAGCAUGUUCGGGAUCUGUACCGCGUUAUACAGGACAUAUUCCACAACACCUCCUUGGACAGCUCAGAUUACAACUGCUUGAAGCAGGUGGUUGAAGGUCUUCAAGGAUGUGCAGGCAACAUCAGUAACUACAGCUGUGAGCGAGUGGAGAGCGUGUCAUCGCUAGCCUCACGUUCCUCCAAGCACAGUAGCCAACACACCUGUAGCAUGAAGUCUCGCUCGUCCACGGCCAGCGUGAGUUCAGGGUCGUCCAGGGGUCAAGGUCACUCGAUCCAAACGUGUCGCUCUGUGGACACGGAGGUGAUGAAGAUUCAAGAUAGGCUGGUCUUCCCUUCAAACGUACCUGUGUUCCAGCUGUGUCAGGACGACCGACACGUUCUCUACUCAGGUGAAAUGUUCCAGUGGGAAGGCAGGCAGUGGCGAAAGAUCCUUCUCUUCCUCUUCACAGACAUGCUGCUGCAAACGGUUCCCGAGUCAGAUGGCUUUCUGCGGGUUAUUGGGGAGCCGACCAUGCUCCGGGACGUCGUAGCCAUGGACGCCCAGAGGCAACACGCCACUGAGUUUGUACUGUACUGUAGCCCCACCAAACAAACCGGCGGGCAUGCUCAAACAACAAUGGACAGAAAUGCAAAAUUAAAUUUCCGUGCGCCUGCUACUGAACAGAAAUAUGCAUGGAAGAGUCUGAUUGAACAGCGGGUUUUUGCUGUCCGAGGAUCCAUGGAUUUCUACAGCAGUUCAAGCGACAUCUCUAGCAGUUCUGCAUCAGCCAUCAUACUGUAAAGGCGCAGGAAUGCAAACAACUAACAAAUUUAAUGUUAUUCAUUGUUAUUAUUUUGACACUCAUGGAAUGUGAUGUAUAUAGGUAAAUGAGGUUAAUUAUAACUUGCUCAAGACAACUAAAACAGGAUGGGUCUACAAUUGAUGUGUUGUUUUGUAGUACCAGUAACUUACCACUUCGACAAGAUUCUAAUGGUUGUUGAUAUAUAUAUUACUUGCAAGUUGUAGAUAAGUGACAUUUGCAUGCCAAGGUUCUCAGUAUUUAUUUAUUAUGACAUAUAUCCAUUGAACUAAUGGACUGUGGUCUCUGUAGGUAACUAAGCCUGCAAGCUUACACAGGUUUUUGUGUUAGUUUGUACUGUUGAUGAUUGUCUCACCAUUUCAUUCUAUACUCUCUCUAUCCUUUUCUCUCUCAGGUUUAGUAGUAGCGUUUUACCAAAUAUAUAAUGGUGUACAUUGUAUGCUGUGUAAGGUUUAUACUUGAUUAUUUUAAAUGGCAAAUACUGCAACAUGUUAAAGAUUUAAAUUCUGGUCAUUUUUUACUUUAUUUAUUAAGUCAUGUAUCCAAUCAAUACUUUUUUAAGUAGUAUCUUUUUUGUAUAGUUGCACAUUUUGUACCAUAGAUGGUAUUUUUUUAGGGUUAAGUUCGCUUGAAAUUUUGUUGUAUUUAUUUAUAAUUUGUUUACUUAUGUUACAGUAAACGCUUGAGCUUAUGCUUUGUCACGGCAUUUUUUUUCUUUGUUUACAUUUUGUUUGCCAAUGACACUUUUUCAUUUUAAGCAAAGUUUUUGCCUCUCUACCUCUUUCUUUUCUCACACAUUGUACAUAGGUCUGCAGCAACUAACAUCGUACAUGGAACUGUUUCUUAGUGCUUAACAUGUAUGUUGGUAGCCAAGUUGCAAGUUAGCAAUGUACAUUCACAAGUGUAUAGAGAACAUGUACAGAAUCUUUGUCUCUAUUUGUAAUAUUUCUUAUUUGCUGUUUUGAUGUUGUUAGUUAUAUGAAAACUGUAUUAUGAAAAAAGUAAAUAAAAAUGCCUAAUAUGUAAUAA